AUGUAUAAAAAAGCACUUAAUAAAGUAUUACAUAAUUAUUCUAAAUUACAACAGCUUAUUCAAGUAUUAGAAAAAUUUGUUGAGGAAGUGGAUAGUAAUAAUUUAUCUGAAUCUGAUGAAAGCUUACAAGAUGAUAGUACUAGUGAUAAAGAAAACAAUAAUUUUGCAAUAGCAAUUCAAAUACAAAAUCUAAAGAAACGUCAAGGCAAAGGUCGACCACCAAGCACCAAAAGACUCAAAUCUUCUCAUGAAAAUUCUAAACCUGUAGCAAAGAAUAAGCAACAGUAUAAAAAAUAUGAAAAUAUUGGUCACUAUCAGAAAAAUUGUAAAGUAUAG